AUGCAGGCAGCGGUGCAGGAGGCGCUCGGAAGCACGGCCGAAGUCAGAAGCCUUACUGAAACGGCGAUCAUUGAGGUAAAGGACAUAGACGAGGUGUCCACUCAAGAGGAAGUGCUGGCGGAGCUAACGGAGCAGGCAGGGGUAGCCAUAAAUGAGGCCCAGACCCUGACGCUGAAAGUCUCGCCGACAGUAGCAGCGACGCUUAUAGGGAAAGGAAGAAUCCGCCUGGGAUGGGGGUAUUGCCGGAUACGGCCCAAAACCACGCCUAGAAGAUGCUUUAAGUGCAUGGAGUUUGGGCACAUCGCGACGAACUGCAAAAGUGCCCAAGACUUCUCAAAGUGCUGCUACAAUUGCUCAGAAACAGACCACCAGGCUAAAGACUGCAAAGCCCAGCCGACCUGCAUUCUCUGCAAGCGGCACCGGGCGAGGGACACGAAGCACCAAACGACGAGUUCGAGGUGCCCGCAGUACCAAAAGGCGAUCCAGCAAAUGAGGGAUAGAUGA